CAUACCACGGCUAAUUCCUGAAAUUCCUGCCCUCCUCUCGCUUCAAACAAGCGGCUUCAGGAAGGAGACGAGGCAGCAGAAAACAAACAAAGAGGAGGGGGAAAAAAAGAAAACGGAGCCACUUUUUAAUUUAAAAUUCAAAAUACAUAAUAUUCAUCCACCUGCCGGCCUGCUGAUAAAGAGUUUUCCCCCCCAGAACCAUCAUCAUCCUCAUCAGACCUGUGGAUUUCAUACCGACAGGUCUUCUUCCUGUGGCAGCAUCCUUACUUCAUCAUCCUCUGCAAGGUCCCAGCCCCCUCCCCUUGCUCUGUGGUCCCCUUUCCAUCGUCCCACCACGUCUGCAGAGUGGGUGCCGGCUCCCUCCCCCAGGGGUGGGAGUGAUGAGCUUGGGGACGGUCUGGACAAACCCCUGGAGAAUGAUGCGGAGGGUGUGUGGAGCCCCGACAUCGAGCAGAGCUUCCAGGAGGCCCUGGCCAUCUACCCACCAUGCGGCCGCAGGAAGAUCAUCCUCUCUGACGAGGGCAAGAUGUACGGACGAAAUGAGUUGAUUGCACGUUACAUCAAACUCCGCACAGGAAAGACGCGGACCAGGAAGCAGGUGUCCAGUCACAUCCAGGUUCUGGCCCGACGAAAGGCCAGGGAGAUCCAGGUGAAGCUGAAGGUACGCUACGAUCAGGCCGCCAAAGACAAGGCCCUCCAGAGCAUGGCCACCAUGUCUUCAGCUCAGAUCAUCUCGCCCACAGCUUUCCCGAACAAGAUGGCUCUUCAGGGCCUCUCUAGACCGGCUUACCCCACGGCUGGUGGGUUUUGGCAUGGGGCCCUUCCAGGACAGCCGGGAGGCCAUGAAGACAUUAAGCCCUUCUCCCAGCAGAGUUAUGCCAUGCAAGCGACCGGCCCGGCCCCCAUAACAGGCUAUGAAAGCACGGCGGGGCUGUCCAUGUCUCCUGGUGCCCCCCCUUGGCAGGGCAGAAGCAUCGCCAGCCCGAAGCUGCGAAUGCUGGAGUUCUCCGCCUUCCUGGAGCAACCGCAAGACCCAGAGACCUUCAAUAAGCACCUGUUUGUGCACAUCGGCCAAUCCAACCCCAGCUUCAGCGACCCCUAUCUGGAGUCCGUGGACAUCCGGCAGAUCUACGACAAGUUCCCCGAGAAGAAAGGAGGCCUGAAGGAGCUGUUUGACAAAGGGCCGCACAACGCUUUCUUCCUCGUCAAGUUCUGGGCGGAUCUCAGCAUAAACCUGCAGGAUGACAGCAGCUUCUUUUAUGGCGUGUCCAGCCAGUACGAGAGCUCAGAAAACAUGAUCAUCACCUCGUCCACCAAAGUCUGCUCCUUUGGCAAACAGGUGGUGGAGAAAGUAGAGACGGAGUACGCGCGCUUUGAGAACGGCCGCUAUGUGUUUCGGAUCCACCGUUCCCCGUUAUGUGAAUACAUGAUCAACUUCAUCCACAAGCUCAAGCACCUACCGGAGAAGUACAUGAUGAACAGCGUACUGGAAAACUUCACCAUCCUACAGGUGGUGACUAACAGGGACACGUUGGAGACCCUGCUGUGCAUAGCCUACGUCUUCGAGGUGUCCACCAGUGAGCACGGCGCCCAGCAUCACAUCUACAGGCUAGUCAAAGACUGACACAGCACCGCAGUCUGGACUUUGCCAGCUCUUAGACAAUUUGUAGCACAUCGGUAUCAGCGGCAACUCUAAAAGAAUGGACUACUUCUUCCAAAAAGCUCCGAGAUGAAACCGUUACAACUUGGUCGGGAGCUCAGAGGAACACCGGCUGCGUCAGCGAGAGAAGACUGUGGAAGCUGAGAUUGUCUGUGUGUGAAAAGUGGCAAGAAGAAACGGAGAGGAAAGAAAAGUACAAAAAAAAAAAAAAACAUGAAGGACCAUCAUACACUGUGGUCUCUAUACCAAAGGAGCCGAACAUAGCCAAUAAGACCUGCAUGAGAGAGUUAGCAUUGGUGGUGUUUUUCAUCUCAUUUUUACUAGAGCUUGUUUUUAUUGUAGAUUCUUUUACACAGGCAUGUGCAGGGGAUGUCCUACAGAGGAGUUUGGCUGCCUCAGGGUGCCAUCUAGUGACUUUACUAUGUAUAACAAUGGGAAAAUUAGAGCGAGAAGUACAGUGGAUCCCUCUUUUGCACAUCUGUGAAAUUUCACUGUUUUUUUUUUGUGCCAAUGUUUAGUGUUUUUUGAGCAUUUGAGUAAUUAUGUACAGAGCCACAUCCACCUCCUCCUAAACAAGGAGCGAUGAGGAGUGGCUAAAAUGAUUUGAAAGAGCUAUUAUUGUAUUCACUUCAAUGUUUCUUGUUAAAUGUUUCUUGUAUUGUCUUACUGUUUUUGAUCGAACACUAUCUGACCCCAACAUAAGGCACAUAAUAACACUGCUAACUUGAACCAGAUUUGGAUCUGUAAGCUGAAGUUGUUCGUAUCUGUAUCUCGCCCUGAAGUGUCAGAUGAAAAUACAAGUAUUUCUUAC